GCACCAAGACAAACACAGCGACAAAUAAGAAUUGCGAGAAAGAAGUUUUUGUUUCACAGGAUUUUGAAGGAAAAAACCACAGCAAACAGGCUCCGGGAAAGACUUUUGAAAUCCGCUGAUACUGAACUCUUGCUGGACUUUCACUAGUUUGUUUCCUUUGCUCUCCAUCCUCGAGUGAUUUUCAUUUUUUUAAAUUUGGAAACACUGUUUAAGAGAGACUACAAGUGCCCGAUUUGAUGCAUGCUCUCUGCUGACACUGACUUUUGUUGAUUACCCAGAGACUGUGUUUCUGUAAGCGGCCGGUAAGCUCACUUUUUUCCUACGACUUUAUGUCUACAAAGAUGGAACAGCCUUUUUAUCAUGACGACUCUUUUCUGUCGGCUUACGGCCACUCAGACGCGCCAAUGCACGACUGCAAACUGCUAAAGCAGAAUAUGAAUUUGAACUUGACAGAGCCCUAUCGCAACCUGAAAUCCCAGCUGAGAGCCGAGACAGACCUGUACCAAGGGGGCCAGCAAGACGUGGGGUCCCUGAAGCUCGCAUCCCCAGAGCUCGAGAAGCUCAUCAUCCAAAACAGUAACGGUGUGAUCACCACUCCCACCCCGGGCCAGUACUUCUACAACCGGGGCAUCACCGAUGAGCAGGAGGGCUUUGCUGAGGGUUUUGUGAAAGCACUGGACGAGCUCCACAAGAUGAACCAGAUGCCCCCCCCUAACGUGUCCAUCGGAGCCGGUGGAGUUACGACGUGUUCGCCGGCGGCCUCUAGCGUCUUCGGCUCCGCCUUGCAGCCCGAGCCCCCCAUCUACACAACACUGAACGCCUACUGCCCGAACACAAACCUAUCUUCCUCAUCCAGCUACCCCACAGCCACCAUCAGCUACCUGCCGCCGCACCAGCCGAGCCACCACCAGCAGAGCUCGACGCACGGCGCGCACGCUUUCCAGCACACCCUCCCCGUCACGGGACUCCAUCCGCAGCGGCUGGUCGCUCUGAAAGAGGAGCCUCAGACUGUGCCCGACCUCCUCAGCAGCGACGGCUCGCCUCCGAUGUCCCCGAUUGACCUGGAGACCCAGGAAAGGAUCAAGGCGGAGCGCAAGAGGCUGAGGAACCGACUAGCCGCUACCAAAUGCCGGAGGCGCAAGCUCGAGCGCAUCGCCCGGCUGGAGGAGAAGGUGAAAGUUUUGAAGAACGACAACGCGGGGCUCUCCAACACGGCGUCAGUGCUCCGGGAUCAGGUGGCUCAGCUCAAACAGAAGGUCCUGACACACGUGAGCAGCGGCUGCCAGCUGAUGCUCACAAGCAAGCUGGAGGCGUUUUAAAAACACCAGAGACUACUAAGAAGAAAAAAAAUGACUGAAAAGUGAUAACACUGGAGUCAUGUUCUGCAUGCGCAGCACUGGAAUUACCGGCUCGUGUGUAGUCAGCAUCACAGGGCCGAGGGCUAGGUGUGGACGAUACUGAAGGCUAUUUUAGGGCGAAAAGACUGAUUGUAAUGGUACUUCCGGAUGCUGGACACCCCUCACAGGACCAUUCAACCCUAGAAUCCAGGGCAGCAUCCAGACUGAGCAGACACUGAGCAACACAGUGGGCGCAUAUGCCCAUAAGUCGGGUUUACUAAUGGUAGAAAAUGGGAACGAUUAUUUGUUUUACUUUGUACCAUCUUCCUUUUUCAUUUUGUUUAGUUUUUUGUUUGUUGGCUGCAUUUAUUCAUUGUGUAAAUUAUUUCAUGUGUCCGGUUGAUCCAGACAAACUGAUGAUGUCCAAUGUUUACAGUGUCUCUUUUUUAAAAAAAAAAAAAAUUGUGUUGUAUAUUUAAGUAAAGUGUCUCAAAAAUGAAA